GCCAAGUUUGCGUCUUUCUUCCGCGCUUUUUUAUUUGUAUUUUUAUAUCGUAACCUGAUAGUUAAAUAUCAAUCGAGCGAUGUAAAUCUCAUUUGCCGGAUUUUCAUAAAUUUUGUGUGUGAUAAAAACAUCUCAAGAUGUCGGACAGCGAAGAAAACCUUCAUCGUUUAGAAGGCACGUCUGGGGAUGCUGUUGGCGGCUUAAUCAUCAAAAAGAAGGACCAACCAGCAGAUUUCCAGUUCGCAAGGCCUUCAUUGCUAGGUCUAGAUAAGCUAGCAGCAGCCAAACGGAAGCAAAAUAGGCUUAUUUCUUUCCAACAAGAUGAAAAUGAAGAGGAAGACAAACCAGCUACUUCUGGUGUAAAAGAACGUAAAUAUAGGAAACAUAAUGAGGAAACUCCGACGUACACGGGUGGUAUCUCGGAGGCAGCCGUUUUAAGGCAAUUAGAACGUACUCAAAGAAAAGAAAAAGAGGCAAAAGAGAAAGGAGUCCACAAUUCUACUGAAGAGGAGAAAAAGUCUCGCUCAAAAGAUGAAGAUGAUUUAUACUACCGUCACCGCUAUGACCGCCGCGACCGUGACAAAGGCGACAGAAGAGACAAAGAUAGAGAUAGAAGGAAAGAUGACAGGCGAGACAGGGAUAGAGAUAGUGAGAGGAGAAACUAUGAUAGAAGUGACAGAAGUGACAGGAGGGAUAGAGACAGUGAAAGGAGUAAUAGAGAUAGCUCUAGGAGGAGCUAUUAUGAGCCACGGUUUAAAGACGAACCUCGAACUCCAAACUUGAAAGUCCUGAAGCCCCCAGAAAGCACAGCCUGGGACGAUGAUGAUGAUGACAGGGCACCACCGCGAAAGUCCACUUGGGACUUCCCGACACCCAAGCCGAGAGACCUGGGUCCGAGUUCCGAGAGGUCCCAGCGGAGGCCUAUGAGGGAUUACAAGGGACGACCUUAUGAGAAUACUCCUAGAGCUACUCCUCACAAAUGGGUGAGCUCUCGCCGCGGUAUGGACGUGGACGACCCUGACUGGCAGGAGGCCGAGAAGAAACUCGACCGCGAAUGGUACAAUAUGGGAGAAGGCGAAACCGACGAAUCCGACCCCUUCGCCGGCACGAGCUCCGAAUAUAUAGCGAAGAAAGAAGAGCAAAUUGAGAAGAGACGCAAUCGCAAAGUAUCCGCUCAACGGCAGCAGAGCGACAGAGAUAACGAGCUGUGGGAGCGGAACAGAAUGUUAACUAGUGGAGUUGUGCACGCUGUUAAUGUUAACAGUGACAUGGACGAGGAAAGCGUAGACCGAGUCCAUCUGCUUGUUCACAACAUCGUGCCACCCUUCCUCGACGGUCGGAUCGUUUUCACCAAACAGCCUGAACCUGUCAUACCGGUGAAAGAUCCUACGUCGGACAUGGCGCUGAACGCGCGCAAAGGCUCGGCGCUGGUGAAGGCUUUUAGGCUGGAGAAGGAGCGGCGUAAGGCUCAGAAGAAGCACUGGAAACUCGAGGGCACUAAACUCGGAAACAUCAUGGGAAUACAAAAGAAAGAAGACGAACCCGAGGACGGGCCUACGAAGGCGGCCUAUAAGUACGCCGAACAUGUGGACAGCGAAACUAAAGACGCUAAAGAGCCGGAAUCCAAGUCUUCAUUUGUUAGGAACAAGACCAUACAGGAGCAAAGAAGAUUCCUACCCGUUUUUGCGGUGAGAGAGGAGUUGAUGCAAGUCAUACGGGAGAACAACGUAGUUAUCAUAGUCGGUGAAACCGGCAGCGGCAAAACUACCCAACUAACCCAAUACCUCCACGAAGAGGGAUACAGUCGUCUCGGCAUGAUCGGGUGCACGCAACCCCGCAGAGUUGCAGCCAUGUCUGUCGCUAAACGAGUCUCUGACGAGAUGAAUACCAGGCUGGGAGACGAAGUCGGUUACGCAAUCCGCUUCGAGGACUGCACGUCACCAAACACCGUCAUAAAAUACAUGACAGACGGUAUACUACUGCGAGAAGGUCUGCGCGAACCAGACUUGGACAAUUACUGUGCCAUCAUUAUGGACGAGGCUCACGAGAGGUCGCUGUCUACGGAUAUGCUCUUCGGCCUGUUGAGAGAGGUGGUUGCCCGGCGUAGCGACCUCAAGCUGAUCGUGACCUCUGCCACCAUGGACUCCUCCAAGUUUUCCUCGUUCUUCGGCAACGUGCCCACCUUCACCAUCCCCGGGCGGACCUUCCCCGUUGAGACCUUCUUCGCGAAGAACGUUUGCGAGGACUAUGUUGAUGGCGCUGUUAAACAGGCCCUGCAAAUCCACCUUCAGCCGGAUGAAGGUGAUAUCCUUAUAUUCAUGCCUGGUCAAGAGGACAUCGAAGUGACUUGCGAGGUCCUGACGGAGCGCUUAGCUGACUUGGACAGCGCCCCUCCUCUGACAGUGUUGCCCAUCUACUCUCAAUUACCAGCAGACCUGCAGGCCAAGAUCUUCCAGCGCGCGCCUCAAGGUCUAAGGAAAUGUAUCGUCGCCACCAACAUUGCUGAAACCUCACUGACCGUGGACGGAAUAAUGUACGUGAUCGACUGCGGCUACUGUAAACUCAAAGUGUACAACCCUAGGAUCGGUAUGGAUGCACUACAGAUCUACCCAGUGAGUCAAGCCAACGCCCGGCAGCGCGCCGGCCGCGCCGGCCGCACGGGCCCCGGCAAGGCCUUCUGCCUCUACACGCAGCGCCAGUACACGCACGAGCUGCUCGCCUCCACCGUGCCUGAGAUACAGCGGACUAAUUUGGCUAAUACUGUGUUAUUGCUGAAAUCACUGGGAGUUGAGGAUCUGCUUGCGUUCCAUUUCAUGGAUCCACCACCACAGGACACGAUCCUGAACUCGAUGUACCAGCUGUGGAUCCUGGGCGCGCUGGACGGCACGGGCGCGCUGACGGCGCUGGGGCGGCAGAUGGCGGAGUUCCCGCUCGACCCGCCGCAGUGCAAGAUGCUCAUCGUCUCCGCCGACAUGGGCUGCAGCAAGGAGGUGCUCAUCGUAGUGUCAAUGUUAUCUGUGCCGUCCGUGUUCUACCGACCACAAGGGCGGGAGGAGGAAGCUGAUGCGGUCAAGGAGAAGUUCCAAGUCCCCGAGUCCGACCAUCUCACCCUGCUUCAUCUGUACAACCAGUGGAAAUCUAACAAUUACUCAAGCUCUUGGUGCACAGAACACUUCGUGCACGGCAAGGCGAUGCGCAAAGUGCGCGAAGUUCGACAACAGCUCAAAGACAUCAUGCAAGCGCAGAGGCUCCCUCUGGAGUCGUGCGGCACAGACUGGGACACUGUGCGGAAAUGUAUCUGUUCAGCGUACUUCCAGCAAGCGGCCCGACUGAAGGGUAUAGGCGAGUACGUGAACAGUCGCACCGGCAUGCCGUGCCACCUACACCCCACCUCCGCGCUCUUCGGCCUCGGCGACUCGCCCGACUACGUCGUGUACCACGAACUCAUGAUGACCAGCAAGGAGUACAUGCACUGCGUGACGGCGGUGGACGGGCGCUGGCUGGCGGAGCUGGGCCCGAUGUUCUUCUCCGUCAAGGAGACCGGAAAGUCAAACCGCGACAAACGCAAAGAAGCCGCAGUGCACCUCGAACGCAUGGAGGAAGAGAUGAAAGCCGCCGAGCUCAAGAUGGCCGAAGACAGGAAGUUGAAGGACCAAGACGUUCCCGUCAAGCAGGAGAUCGCCACACCUGGGCUAAGUACGCCGAGGCGCACGCCGGCGAGAUUCGGUAUCUAGGAUAAUAUAGGGAAGUUUCUGCUAUAAAUGUUAGAAAAACACUAUUUUUUACCGACUGUAGUUUACACCCCCAAAGUCUUGGACUCGACAAAAGAUGGCAGUCUUCUGAGGAAGCUGAGACAUUCCCAUCUAGCAGGAGAUCGCGACUACUGGAUUAAGCACACCGAGGCGCACGCCGGCGAGUUUCGGAAUCUAGGAUAAUAUGAGGAAAAGUUUAUACUAAAAAUGUUAGAAAAACUGUCAUCACGGACUUUACACCCCCAAAUUGUGCUCGACAAAAAAUGCCAGAAGACAGGAAACUGGAAAACCAAGACGUUACCAUCAAGCAGGCGAUCGCCACACCGAGGUAUCUAGGCUAGGGUAAUAUGAGGAAGAGUUUCUGCUAAAAAUGUUAGGAAAACACGCUGUUAUUAGUAUUACCGGUUACUUUACCUCCCCAAUUUGGCAAAAAAUAGCAGAAGAUAGGAAGCUGAAGGACCAAGACGUUCCCAUCAAUCAGGAGAUCUCCACACCGGGAUUAAGCACGCCCGCGAGAUUCGGUAUCUAAGAUAAUAUGAGAAAAGUUUCUACUAAAAAUGUUAACUCGUUGUCAUUACAGACUACUAUACACGUUGUAAAUGUGGACGCAACUGGAAAAUACUGUCGCACUCCAUACUAAAUUGGUAUGGGAACAUACCGCAGUGAAGGUGUUAACAAACCUUGUAUUUUUUUUUGUUAUUUACUUCCCCAAAUUAUGAACUCUUCUAUAAAUCGUCUAACAAUGUUAUCAUAGAGUUACCCCAAAAAAAAUCUGCAGCGAUUUUG